AUGGCGUCGUCGGGGCCGGGGCUGGGGCGGGCGCUGUGCGUGGUGAGCGGGGCGUCGCGGGGCCUGGGCCGGAGCGUGGCGGGGGCGCUGGCGGGGCGGCUGGCGGCGGGCUCGGCGCUGCUGCUGGUGGCGCGCUCGGCGGAGCGGCUGCGGGAGCUCGAGGCGCAGCUGGCCGCCUCCUGCCCGGGCCUGGCCGUGCGCGCCCUCCCCGCCGACCUGGCCGAGCCGCGCGCCCUGCCCGCCCUCCUCGCCGCCGCCCGCGCCCUCCUGCCCCCCGGCGGCGCCCUCCAGCGCCUCCUCCUCGUGCACGCCGCCGCGUCUCUCGGUGAUAUUUCCAAAGCGUUUGUCGACUUCACCAGCCCCGAGGAAGUCAACAGCUACCUGAACUUCAACGUCACCUCCGCACUGUGCCUGACCUCCUGCUUCCUGAAAGCCUUCCCUGCAAAGCCCGGCUUCUGCCGGACGGUGGUGAACAUCUCCUCCCUCUGUGCCCUGAAGCCCUUCAACUCCUGGACCCUCUACUGCACCGGGAAGGCCGCCCGCGACAUGAUGUUCCAGGUCCUUGCAGUGGAGGAGCCAGACGUCCGAGUGCUGAACUAUGCGCCAGGGCCCCUGGACACCGACAUGCAAGAACUGGCCCGCACCAAGACGGGCAACCUGGAAAUGCGCGAGCAGUUCCUCCGCAUGAAGGAGCAGGGGCAGCUGCUAGACUGCGAGGCCUCCUCCCAGAAGCUGCUGGCCCUCCUCCUGGAGGACACCUUUGAGUCGGGAGCGCACAUCGACUUCUACGACGUCUGAGCUGCCGGCCUCUUGGCCUGCCCCCGGCACCCUCUCAGCUCUGGCGCCUGCAAAAGGCGUGUCCAGCUGCUGCCCAACAUUGUGGGUUUCUCUCUCCAGGCUGCGCUGAAAGCGUCCUGGACAGAGCCUGGCUGGCUUCUCACAUUCCUCCCCCCUUGUCUGAAAGGAAGGGGUCUGAUGUGAGCUGGGCACAGGAAGGGACUGAUUUUUCACAUCCCUCACCGAGGGGCAGCUGCACAGCAGCUGUGGGAGGAAUGGUGAGACUGAGUGCUGCCCCCAUCAUCAGGUUGGGGCGUCUGCCAUUAUUGGGGGGGAGGGGUCAGCGGUUGGGAGGGGCCUUGCCUCCUGCUUCUGAGGCCUUCAUCCCUGGGGGGGGGGGGCAUGCUCAGACUUUCCUGUGGCCUUUCCAGCAAGCUUUGUGGAACGUUGGGGGGGGGUGUCUCUGGGGGUGGCACGCAAGAGCGAGGGGAGUGCCAGGGGAGGGAGGGGCUGAGGCCUGCUCAGUGGGGAGGGUGAAGGCAGUGGAAGGCUCUUUGCUGCUAGGCCUGGGGGGGCCGCUGUCCAGCCUUUGCCCUUCCCGGGGCCCCUCCUUUCCCAGAGUCUCGGCAACAGGUGGAAGUAUUGCAGCCCAGACGCCAAUCAGUCGACACCCUCUGUGCGAAUGGGGCCUUGGGGGCAAGGCCAGAGGGGAGAACUCUUCACUUGGACCAUCCCAAACUGUCUGCCAGCCUCUACUGACUAGAACACAAUCCGAUAGAGGUCACUAUAAUGGAUAAGACAACAAAAAAUGCAAGCUAGUGACCAGUUUACUAAGAAGUAUAUAGAAACCAGUCCAAAUGUCCAAAACAUGUACAUUCAAGUCCCAAAGUAGUGUGGCGACAAGCCAAUCAAUUAAGUACUUGUUUCCUUACAGUCUUCAUCAGACCUGGGACCAAUAUUGAUUCAAUUAUAUAGUCAGUCAGUCAGUCAUUCAAUAUUGAUUCAAUUAUAUAGAUUCUUUACACAAUUUUCAAAAAAGGGAUGCAGAGCGUCUCCAGCAGCAAUUUCACAUUGACUACAGCACAAGAAGCCUCAUACUGAGCUGUAGCCAAUGUGAAAUUGCUGCUGGAGACGCUCUGCAGCCCUCUUUUUUGAAAAUUGGGUAAAGAAUCUAUAUAAUUGAAUCAAUAUUGGUCCCAGGUCUGAUGAAGACUGUAAAGAAACAAGUACUUAAUCGAUUGGCUUGUCACCGCACUACUUUGGGCCUUGAAUGUACAUGUUUUGGAUAUUUGGACUGGUUUCUAUACAUUUCUUAGUAAAUUGGUCACUAGCUUGCAUCUUUCGUUGUGUUAGCCUCUACUGACUGGCACUUGUGGCUGCUGGAUUGCUUCACCACGCAGUCCUCAGCCCUCCGAGCCCUGACAUGAAUGCUUCUGAACUUUCCCACAGAAAUAAAUGUUGCAAAUCA